UGUGGUCUUUUUUUUGGACCUAUCCAUUUUUCUCUUUUUGAACGAAUAGCCAUUUAACGUUUUACCGUUAUCUCCUUCCCAUUCCUUUCCUGUAAUAAGUUUUUCAUUGCACUCAAGAGACGAGUCCUUGCAGUCUACUUUUUUACUCCAUUUUCAGCCUAUUCCUUCGUUACUGCCCUAUCGCAGUGCACCUUUGGUAGUAUUUACCUCUGGACCUGAAUUGACUAACUCACCAACCCAUUCGUCUUGUCCGCCAAUCAAAACGUCCACCACUGCAACAAUCCUAUGCUUGAUCCAAACGCACCGUCUUCCUCUCAACCUACUACAGAGAUAACAGCUCAGUCUACCAGGUCGAGCCACUCCUACACUGUACCAAUGACUUUAUCUAGCUCGGCUCUGGUGCAUUCCAGCGAAAACCCCGAAUCGCUCGACUUGAACUCCUCAAUGUCAACCCCACUUGCACCAAUGAUGCACGAAGCACCCAAAAGGGUGACUCACGUUAGACAGCUAUUUGUUGGUAAUUUGCCUUUCCGUGUGCGUUGGCAAGACCUCAAAGAUCUUUUCCGGAAGGCCGGAAAUGUUAUACGUACCGAUGUGGCUUUAAGUUACGAUAACCGUAGCAAAGGUCAUGGUACGGUGCUAUUUGCUACCGUAGAAGAAGCCCAACAUGCAAUAGACAUAUUGCACAACUACAAAUGGCAGGGUCGGGUUUUGGAAGUCCGCGAAGAUCGAGGAUUCGUGGAAUCAGGACUGCCAUUAUCCAUGCAUCCUCCUCCACAAGAGCAUCUAUUCUCAUCGUCGGCGUCAAAUCAUCACCGGUUAUACGGUUAUAAAGAGCCAACCGUGAACGUAGCACGUCAACUAUUUGUGGGAAAUUUGCCGUUCCAUUGUCAGUGGCAAGAUGUGAAAGAUCUGUUCCGCAAUGCAGGUAAUAUCUUGCGUGCAGAUGUGGCUCAAGGGCCCGAUGGUCGAAGUCGAGGUUUUGGAACCGUUCUUUUUGCUACACAUGAUUCAGCAAAGAAGGCAAUAGCCAUGUACGACAAGUACGAAUUUCACGGACGGCAACUGCGUGUUCAUUUUGAUAAAUUUGCCCCACCGUCCGCAUCUUCAUUGCAAUAUACGUCCAUGUUACCGAAUAUGAGCAUGUAUCCAACUUACGACCAAGCAGCAUUGGAUAACCUGAAAGAAAUCUACAUGCGAAUGCCUCCUCAGCCAACAACCAUCACCACGCCGUCAUCCGCCGUUCCCGCCCCGCCUUCUGCCACAGCCUUUUUACCGCCUCCACCGCUUUCCUCUUACCCACGAACCGACGACACACGCUUCUCACUUGAUCCAUCCUCCAUCGAUUUAUUCUCUCCCUCCCCGUAUCUCAUGGCAUCAGCUGACAUGAGAAGAUCCGCUUACGCAUUGACAUCCAACGCGGAAAACAUGUCAGCUUUUCCCCGAGACUCUUCCUCGUUUGCUGCCCCUUUCCCAUCACUAGGUAUGACGGGGGCCUCAUCAACACUGAAUAAGGACGAAUCCAAUCGACCUUCCUCUUCAUCGUUGUUCGGAUACACAAGUCAGUCCGCAGCACCGUCUCUGCAUCAUCAAGAUUUUGGGCUUGAAUCUCAAUAUUUUUGGGGUUCGAAUCCGACCUUGUCAUCAGGCUCGUAUGGGAAUUCGGAAGCAAGGAAGAUCAAGAGGAAAGAUGAUGAUGAUCUUUCGCCUCUUACCAAUUCAAUGGAUAUGAUGGGACUAUCGGAUGGGUCAGCUGGACUGACUUCGGCAGCAGUGGAUGGACGGGGUGUCUGGGAUUCUCUCAACAAUUUUGGCGUUUAAAAAAAAUACGAUUGCAAACCCUUUUUUUUUUCUCUUCUUCUAUUCCUUUCUAUUUCUUAUUACAUUAUUACUUUUUCUGUAGACUAUAAACUUUUUAGUAACUAAACGGUUUGGGUAAAACUAGGACAACUUCCGAGGAAGCUUUAUGACAGUAGUCGUGUCAUCGUUGAUGCUGCGCUUACAUAGUGUGUGAUUACCUUUUUGUUUCAAGUAAAUAUGGAGGCUAUUGUCAAGGAUACACUGCAUUUGACAUGGACCUAUCAAAUAAAAGGACUGCAUAUCGCGGAUAUUACUCCAUACAUUGGUAGGCGACUCUGACACUUGUUACUGGCACCAGUAUAGGGGCGAUCAUUCAUGCCACUAAUUGUUGGAUUCCCAAAAUAAUGAACUUCCCAGUACCAAAACAAAAAG